AGAAACGGUCUAAACGGACCGUUAUUCUCGUAAUGCUAAUCUGUUUUCCCUUCUUUACCAUUUCCUUCAAAUGUCAGUUUUACGAUUUCUUCCAUUUCUCAUUAAUGGUUGACGACACAAUAUAGUAAUACAAACUAGCUCAUAUUUUAUGUAAUUUCAGAAAAAAACUGAAAACAAUUGAUUGUAAAUAUGUGGAGGAUUUCAUUUAAUCUGUUGAAACGGGGAUUUAAGCCAGCGGCUCGCGCUAGGCCGAGCUGUAGGCUGAUUCCUUUUCCAGGAUUGAUGGGCCUAUCGUCUUAUUUCAGCUCCUCCGUUAACGAAGGCGCCGGAAGUUUGGACAGUAAUAGUGGUAACGGAAAUGGGAAUGAGAUGACUUAUGCGGAGGCGAAGAGGCUGAUGAGGCUGGUGAACGUGGAGGAUUUGAAGGAGAAACUGGGUAUGGAGGAGAAGGAGGUGAUUGGGUAUUCUGAGCUUUUACAGGCCUGUGAGAGUAUAGGCGUCGCCAAGUCCGCCGUGGAGGCCGCCGCCUUUGCUCGAGUUCUUGAUGAGGCCGGCGUCGUUUUGCUCUUCCGGGACAAAGUGUAUCUACACCCUGAUAAGGUGGUUGAUCUUGUUAGAAGGGCAGUUCCCCUUGCGCUUUUAUCUGAAGAUGAUCAAAGCAAGGACGAGCUUAAGAAGUUGCAAGUAAAAAAGGAAGAAAUUGACAUGCUAGCUCACAAGCAAGUCCGUCGCAUUUUGUGGACCGGACUUGGUCUUUCCGUGGUACAAGUCGGGCUUUUCUUUCGUCUGACUUUUUGGGAAUUUUCUUGGGAUGUUAUGGAGCCAAUCGCAUUUUUCACAACGACAACUGGAAUAGUAAUAGGCUAUGCUUACUUCUUAGUCACUUCAAAAGAUCCUUCUUACCAAGACUUGCUAAAGAGGCUAUUCCUAUCUAGGCAAAGGAAACUCAUCAAGAAACAUAAUUUUGACAUUCAGAGGUUUGUGAAGUUGCAAAAGAAAUGCAAAUUACCUCCAGAGACUUGUGCCUCCUUCAAAAGGCGGGUUGGGGUAGAAGUGGAUCCGGAGGAUCUUUUACAUGGCCAUUGACCUAACUUUUGAUUAUAUUUUGUUUCACAAUUUACCAAAAGCUCCUAUUUUCUGUGGAGCAAAGGGAACUUAUGUUAAAGUUGUUACUGGCUUCUGGGUCUUGACUUUGAUGGUUAGAUUUUCAACUAACUUCUUUUUGAUAGAGAGAUCUUGGUAAGGAGUAAUUUGCUUAAGCUUCUAACAGUUGGCGGUCAUGUAAAAUUUUGUAGUUCAUAGUUUUUAAUCAUAAUAUGGGCUCUGUUAGUGUCUUCAGCAAUUUCCUAUCUUUUAUUAGAAUAUAAAUCUUGAUUCCUUG